UUUCUCAAUAUGCAUGUUCGAGGUCUGGUGCACUGGCCGAUCCGAGCGAGCCCGUUGCUAUUACCAUGUGGUCAUAUGUUCAGGCACUCUCAUGCAAGGUACACCCCACACAUCAUGCAUGGUGGUUUCGACCGCCAGAUCGCGGCGACAUAUGUCUCUCUUCUUUGUCUUAUUGCUUUCUUGCUCCAUAGGAUUCCCAGCUUAGCAUCGAUCUCGCUGUGGACCAUCAGCUACGAGUACUCGUACUAGCGGGAUGGCACAUGAUGAGGCUGGGCUCGUCUUAAUUGUGGCAACAGAGCUGGGGCAAGGCAAUGGAAUGCGUCGCCACGGCCCCGUGCAUUCCUCUUCCGUAUGGGGAAAACUCGGCGAGGAACGAAGAGCUAUGGUUGCUGUGGUAUCUUUCCGGAGAGUUGCUUGGUCUGGUGUGGUUUGCAGCAUUCGCUGUUUAAUAUAGAUGGGCUGUUUAGUUAAUGCAUCUGAUUGCGCUCCGUGCUUGAGAAUGCGAAUGCACCGACACCACCUCCUUGGCUCCAAACAUCUCUCUCUCUUUUCCUCUCUUCUCUCUGACCAAUCCUCUCUUUUCCAAAGUUUGCUUCUCUACCUUCGAGACGCAACUCCACUGAUUCACUUCUCUUACUCACCCACUCACUCUUGCAG